AUGGCUAUGGCGUCGGAGCUGCCGUCCAUAUACAACUUUCCGCCGCUUUACACGAGGCAACCGAAUUCGCUGAUCCGUGCGCAGCAGCUGGAUGCGUGGCUCGGGGUGCUCAAGGAUUAUGCGCGCGGUAGGCGCGUGUGGAUAAUGGGGCAUGACGGGAGCGCGCGAGAGCCCAAAGACGAAGGCAGCGUAUUCUUCAACGUGCAGUUGCAGCGGCGUGUGCCGGGCCCAUUUGUGGACGAGAUCUGGGCGCACGCACUGGCCAAGGGCGCGGCACUACGGCAUUCGGCGGACAGUUUCUAUGUACUAUGGCGAUCGCUUGACUCAUGGAGCGCGCUGCUGCUGCAGUGGUUCGAGACGUGUGGCCGGCUGAACCAGGUAGUGACCAUCUAUGAGCUCGUAGCUGGGGACGAGUCUGCGAUGUGGGAGUUCCACGGGAUGCACGACGGUCUCUGUGAGCUGGCGCUGGGGAAACUGGUGGAGCGCGGCCGCGCCACCUUGAUCUCGAAUGAUGGCAGCGUUGUGGCUGUCAAAGUUAUAUAG